GCUGGCACGGCACCAUGCUGGCAGAUGGCCAGCCACGCGUGGCGCGACGCCAUGGUAUGCACGCCGGAGCUGCUCGGCGAUCGUCGCUCUCUCGCUGCUAUUUGUUCACAACACGCCACCACUUACGCCAUAAUAAGUGCAGCGACGACGAGCUCAUCGAUCAGACCUCAGAGGAGAUCGAGGUAGACGAAGCAACUAUUGCUAUAUAUCCGACUGCCGCGCGCAUCGAUCCUCCGAACGUCGACCGCCAUGGACGCCGCCGCCGGGUCGUCGUUGUCAUUGUCACCCUCCUCGCGGCCGCUGCGCGUCGUGCUCUGCCCGUGGCUGGCGUUCGGCCACAUGCUCCCGUACCUGGAGCUCGCCGAGCGCCUGGCGUCGCGGGGCCACCGCGUGUCCUACGUCUCCACCCCGCGCAACCUCGCGCGCCUCCCGCCGCUCGGCCGCCGCGCGCCCGGCGGCGGCGCCGUCGACCUCGUGCCGCUCGCGCUCCCGCGCGUCGAGGGCCUCCCCGACGGCGCCGAGUCCACCAACGACGUCCCCGGCAACAGGCUCGAGCCGCUCUGGGAGGCCUUCGACGGCCUCGCCGCGCCGUUCGCGGAGUUCCUCGCCGCCGCGUGCACGAGCCCGGGUACGAGGCCCGACUGGGUCCUCGCCGACACGUUCCACCACUGGGCCCCCGCCGCUGCCCGCGAGCACGGGGUGCCCUGCGCGGUGCUCAUGCCCACCGCGGCCUUCAUCGCCGCCCUGGCCUGCGGGGCGCGGGACCACGCGGAGCUCGCCGCGGCUUCGAUCUACGAGCACCCGAUCGCCGUGUGCCGAGGCGGAGAGCCGCCGGCCGGCAUGCCGCGGUACGAGUGGGACAGGAACGCGCCGCUCUUGUCCGGCCAAGGCGGCGCGUCGGGGAUGUCCAUGGGCCGGCGCCUCUCUCUGACGCUCGAGCGGUGCACGAUCGCGGCAAUGCGGAGCUGCCCCGAGUGGGAGCUCGGCGCGUUCCCGCUGGCGGCGGCGCUCCUCGGCAAGCCGCUCGUCCCGCUGGGCCUCCUACCGCCGUCUCCCGACGGGGGCCGCGCCGCCGGCACGCACAGGGACGACGCCACCGCGAGGUGGCUGGACGCGCAGCCGCCCAAGUCCGUCGUGUACGUGGCGCUCGGGAGCGAGGUGCCGCUGCGCGUGGAGCUGGUGCACGAGCUGGCUCACGGGCUGGAGAUCGCCGGGACGCGCUUCCUCUGGGCUCUGAGGAAGCCCAGGGGCGCCGCCGACGCCGACGUCCUCCCCGCCGGCUUCCAAGAGCGCACCGGCGGCCGUGGGCUGGUUACCAUGGGGUGGGUUCCUCAGAUCGCCAUACUGGCGCACGAUGCCGUUGGUGCAUUCUUGACACACUGUGGCCGGAACUCGCUCACCGAAGGGCUUCUGUACGGGCACCCUCUGAUCAUGCUCCCGAUCUUCGGCGACCAAGGGCCGAACGCGCGCCUCAUGGCGGGGAGGAAGGUAGGGUUGCUGGUGGCGAGGAAUGAGGAUGACGGAUCUUUCGACCGCCAUGGCAUCGAGAGCGCAGUCCGGGCAGUCAUGGUAGAAGAAGAUACUAGGAGGGUCUUUGUAGCAAGUGCCCUAAAGAUGCAAGAGAUUGUAGCAGAUAAGGAGCUCCAGGAGAGGUACGUAGAUGAAUUUGUGCAGCAACUUAGAUGUUACAUCACUGAUGGCAACUCCUCUACAGCUGCAGAGACUUAGUGUAUAUAUAUAAGCUAGUAUUGCCAAUACACAGGUUGGGAAAAAAAAUCAUGUACUGUCGAAUAAGGAAAAAAAAAUCAUAUAUACUGUCUCAUAAUAAGGUAUCGUGCUAUUAGUAGUACGCAGUUGCAGUAAGCUAAGGGAACAUAUAUAUCACAAUCGAGACAAUGACAUCAUAGUAUAUCCAUCUGGUGAAAGGAUGUAACAGUCAAGCGGCGGCCAACGACGACAUUUGAGUUAUGGAGUUUGUGAAGACCAAGUGGUGCGCAUUGUUUGGAUUUUUAGUUUCAUGUUUGGGGUGUAUUUGAGUGGAUUUGUUAGCUUCA